CUCAGAUUAUUUCCCCUCUCGCUGAGAGGAUAAAAUGCGACCGGGUCUCUUUAAGGGCUGGGCCCAGGCUGGCGUCCCGGUGGGGCGGGCGCAGGGACCGAGGCUGGACGUGCGGUGCGGCGCUCUCACCAAGUCGUACAGAAAGGAAACCUGGGCCUGCCGCGCCUCUUGCCGGGCCUGCCGGGCUUGCCAUGCUGCUGAGGCCGCUGCGGGGCUGGGCCGCCCGGGCGUUGCGCUGCGUAGGACCCGGGAGCCCCGGGAUCCCCGCCUCCGGUCUCCGGCCGCGGGGGGCACAGCGCGGGGCCCGGCCCCGGGAUAAAGAGAGAGAACGGGAAAAAGAGAAAAAAUCAGUGAUCUGUGUCGAGGGCAACAUUGCAAGUGGGAAGACGACAUGCCUGGAGUUCUUCUCCAACAAUCCAGAUGUUGAGGUAUUAACGGAGCCGGUGCUCAAGUGGAGAAAUGUCCGUGGCCAUAACCCUCUGGGUCUGAUGUACCGCGAUGCCUGUCGAUGGGGCCUCACACUGCAGACGUACGUGCAGCUCACCAUGCUGGACCAACACACUCGUCCUCAGACGUCACCUGUACGGUUGAUGGAGAGGUCGAUUCACAGUGCAAGAUACAUUUUUGUAGAAAACCUGUACAGAAGUGGGAAGAUGCCUGAAGUGGACUACGUCAUUCUGUCGGAAUGGUUUGACUGGAUUGUGCGAAACAUCGAUGUGUCUAUUCACUUGAUAGUUUAUCUCCGGACCACCCCUGAAACUUGUUACCAGAGGUUGAAGAGAAGAUGCAGGGAGGAAGAGAAGGUCAUUCCACUGGAGUACCUGAGUGCUAUUCACCACCUCUACGAGGAGUGGCUGAUAAAAGGAAACCUGUUCCCUGUGGCAGCCCCUGUUCUGGUGAUUGAGGCUGACCACCACAUGGAGAAAAUGUUAGAACUCUUUGAACAAAACCAGGACCAAAUAUUAAUGCCAGAGUAUCGGAAGCAUGGCCCAUAGGACGGGAAAGGUCUACAGAUCAUGCUAGAAAAGUGCCUGCAGCUGCCAACUUAGCCAUUGGGAACAAUUUGGAAAAAUCCCCUCUUCAGAGGGCUUUUUCUCUGGCCAGAUUUAUUUCCCUAAUUGUCUUUUCUCCUUUGCCAGCGUCUUCAUCGUGGGUAAAUGACAAAUGGGACCAAUGGGAUUGUCAUGCCCUUUGGUGUUUGCAGCCUCCUAGUCCCCCUGGCACCUCUCCUGGUGGCUCCUCACCAUUGGGUCCCUCUAAUGAAGCCCUUAGGAAAGGGCGCCCAUUGGGUGCCGACAUCACUCUGUGCUCCAUAUACAAAUCGCCUCACUCUUUGGACCACUCAGGCGGGCGAGGUAGUAGUCUUAUAUCCAGGUGAGAAACGUGAAGCUCGGAGAGGUUAAGGGACUCCUAGGGUCAUGCAGCCUGUGUGCAGUCCAGCUGGCACCAUUCAGACUUUGGACCAACUCCAGAACUUUUCCCCAUGUAGCAUCACCCUGCGGGCUGUCCCCCUUACCCUGGCUUUUCCUUGUAGAGGCCAUCCAUGUUUGUGGGGGAGAGCUGGCAGUGUGCAGAGCCAGUACUUUUUUCAGUACUGAGCAAUUCUCAAGGACAAUAAGCAUUCCUAGACUUCAAUAAAAUUGUACUGUCUGGCUAGAGCCCAGUAUACAGUGCUUCCCAGUGUGAGGCCGCUACGUCUAUCACUUUGUCAUCUGGACUUUGACAACUUUAGGAGAAUCAUACAUUGGCUUCUGAAUGUUGCUCAGUCUCCUUGGCGAUAGAGGGUCUGUUUGAACUUCUGCCAGUUCUAUGUCAGGGGGGUAGCUGUUGGCGCCUGGCUCAUUUGCCUGGCGCUAUGAGGGAGGGGCAGCCAGCCCUGGCUUCUGGGGCUCCCUUAUUCCCUUGCAUUCUUGCUGAGGAGCUUCACUCUUGGAAUUACUGCAGGUUUUUGGCCCAGAGGGAGAGACACUAAUGGCCUUAAGUCUUUUUGAAAUGUUUUUCCAUCUAAGGGGACAUCUGGGGCCAUAAAGCGUGAAACCAUCUUUGUUGGUUCAGAAAAUAUCUGCUUUGCUCAGUUGUCUCCUGAAUCAAGUAGGAAGCAAGAGAAAGGACCAACAUUCCCUUUGGGAACAGUGUGGAUAGGAAAGUCGAGGUUUGCAAACAAAGGCUCUUAAAGCUUUGCCAGUUUGGAGGUGGGCAGAGAGAGCUUCAGGAAGACUGGCUGCAAACACAGGGAGGGAUUAAUGGUGAACUCCGGAGAAACAGGAUGAGGCCUCUCACAGCAGUACUUAACUGUGAAUGAAGGUACCAAGGCCACUCCCAAGGCUCUGGGUGUGAGCACCUGUGCAUGCAACUCCCUGAUUUUUAACAGGUGCCAGGGGCCCUGGUGGGCCAGUACCAGAGAGCCCACUGACAGGUUAUAGGCCCCAGCUCCUGGCCUCUCCUGUUCUGACCAAUUCUUAGGCCAUGUAGGCAGGAGGAGGGGCAGUGGUCAAGUGGGGGCCUGAGUGCCAGUGAUUAACUAGAAAACUGGGGAAGGCAGGAGCCUUUGGCUAUCAGAAUUUUUUUUUUUUUUUUUUGAGACAGAGUCUUACUAUGUUGUCUUUGGUAGAGUGCCAUGGCGUUACAGUUCACAGCAACCUCAAACUCUUGGGCUUAAGCGAUUCUCUUGCCUCUGCCUCCCAAGUAGCUGGGACUACAGGUGCCUGCCACAACACCUGGCUACUUUUUUUGUUGUAGUUGUCGUUGUUUGGCAGGCCCUAGCUGGGCCAUUUCUGGUGUAUGUGGCUGGCACCCUGGCCACUGAGCUAUAGGCGCCAAGCCAGAAUUUUUUUUUUUUUUGAGACAGAGUCUUAAGCUUUUACCUUGGGUAGAGUGCCAGGGCAUCAUCAUAGCUCACAGCAACCUCCAACUCUUUGGCUCAAGCGAUCCUCUUGCCUCAGUUUUCCUAUUUUUAGUAGAGAUGGGGUUUUGCUCUUACUCAGGCUGGUCUUGAACUCAUGAGCUCAAGCAAUCCAUCCCCCCUCAGGCUCUCAGAGUGCUAUGAUUACAAGUAUGAGCUUGGCUGCACCUGGCUGCUACCAAAAAUCUUGACAUGCCGGGUCCAUCUUUCUGAAUUUGUAAGUGAACAGUCCAGUUUUUCCCUUUGGGUCAAUUUGAGCAUCUGUUUUGGGGGCAAUGUGAUGGUUUCUUGCUCUCUGGUACCAAAUAAAUCCUUCACCUAAACCCUUUUGUUGAUUUUGGAGUGCUUUCUAUGCCAGUAAUUGUAGCUCCUUGGAGAAUCCUUUUGCCAGUACGAUAAUGUGUUCUUAUUUUUUAAAAUCCUGUUUUUCAACAUGGAAUGUAUGAAUCCAAAAAGAACCCCCUGCGUUGGCACCUUGGAGAGGGGCUGUGUGCAUAAGCAAUGGCUGAGGCUUUCCUCAAACAUUCCCAACCCAGAAAUCACACCUGAGAUGGCUGGAGCCAGGUUGCCCACGGACAGUCAGGAGAAGGGCAGGUGGCACCUGGCAGGCACAGUAGGGCCUCAUCCUUAGGACACAGGGAGGCCAUUCCCAACGCCUCCCAGGAAUGGUUGGGUGGAGCAGGGCCAGGGCAGGAGUGGGAGAGCUGGGACAGUGAUGCUCCAGCUGUGCUAGCAUCACCCUGUUCUUACUCAGAGUCUGGGGUUCCAUUGGGCAGAGCCACCUCAGCUGCUCUGAUUCUCACUCAUUUUUUUUUUUUUUUUUUUUUUGCAGUUUUUGGCUGGGGCUGGAUUUGAACCCACCACUUUUAGCAUAUGGGGUCGGCACCCUACUCCUUUAAGCCACAGGUGCCGCCAACUCACUAAAUUUUUUUUUUAAUGUUGAACAGCAUAUACAUCCUCUUUUCAACAUUUUUAGUGAAAUCUGAUUUACAUUUAUGAUUUUUUAUUUUACAUGUAAAAUAUAUGAUUAGAACCAUUAAAAAAUAUUUCAUGUUCCUGGUGAUUUUUUUUUUUUUUUUUAGAGACAAGGUCUUGCUCUGGCUCAGGCUGGUCUUGAACCUGUUAGCUCAGGCAAUCCACCUGCCUUGGCCUCCCAAGUGCUAGAAUUACAGGUGUAAGCCACCACACCCAGCCACAUGCUGAUUUUUUAAAAAACGAAAUAGAGGCCAGACAUAGUGGCUCAUGCCUAUAAUCUUAGCACUCUGGGAGGCCACGGCAGGUAGAUGGCUUGAGCCAGAGCCCUUUUUAAUAGAAAUAGAAAAACUAGCCAAGUGUCAUGGUGGGCACCUAUAGUCCCAGCUACUCUGGGGGCUGAGACAAGAAGGAUCGCCUGACCUAGGAAUUUGAGGUGGCCGUGAGCUGUGACUCCACAGCACUCUAUCCAGAGUGACAGACUGAGACUGUUUAAAAAAAAAAUCUUUCUUCCAGAUCCCCACAGGCUCCCACCAUUAGAUCUGGGGAAGGGUGAUGAUAUUUAAAACCCAUAGAGGGUAAAAGAUGUUUCUAAAACCUGUCUACCCUUAGGAUGCUGGGCCAGCUCUGCUGUCCUGGAGGGUCUAGGGUCAGGGAGCGCAUUCCAGAUGUUUACCCGUUUAUGGAAUGUGGAACACUCAUCUCCUGGCCUCUCCACCCUGAACAGUUAGUAAAAUAAUUAACAAACUCUUGAAAAUGUCAGUCCUCCAUUGCUCAGAAUAUAACCAAUACACUGCCUGGCUCCUGUGGGCUUUGGGCAGGAUUACUUACCAGGCUUUCUUUUCCUAAUAACCCCAACCCUGCAGUGGUGAACUUGUCAAAAACUGUAAUUAAACAGAAGCCAAGAGAAAGUCUUUCCUCCUAGAAUUCAGAAUGGGUAUUGACAUUUCUUGCUCUCCGUAGGAGCUAUCUUCUUGUAUUUCUGUAUUUUUUGCUUUUUGUUCUUCAAGAGUAGUGCUUACCAGACUGGGCUCCAUUGGGUAUCCAGGGGGGUAGUUAAUAGGUGUUCUGAGAAAAGGGAGUUCCUUAGUCUAGGAAGUUUGGGAAACCACCUGUGACUUCUCUCUUUGAUGCACAAGGUACAUUAGCCUAAUUAAAACUCAAGAAGCUCUGCAAUAAAAAUGCCUUUUUAAACUUUGUUUAAAGCAGUGUAACCUGGUUCUUUGUACUCUUAAUGAUUCCCCAACAAUUAAAAAAACCCAAAACUUUGUUUAAGCCAGGGGCUUUCAAACUUAUUUGCCAGUGGAACUCAUUAUCCAGCACUACCAUUAGUAAUCUCUGAAGCCCUGUUAUUUCUCGAAACCAAGUUCAGAAUCACUAUUCCAGCUGAUCUUCAGUUGCUGCUGCCUCCAGCCUCUGUGCCCUUUGGGAUUCUCUAGCUCAGUGUUUACAGCAUCUGAAUCACACGGAGGGCUUGCUACAGUGAAGAUUGCUGGGCCCCAUCUUAACAGUUUCUAAUUCAGCAGGUUGGGGAUGGACCUGAGAAUUUGCUUUCUAACAACUUUUCAGUGACGCUGGAGCUGCAGGGACCAACUUUUGAGAACCACCUCUCUAGAUGAUGCUUUCUAGAAUCAUACAUCCAUGAGUUUGAAAAAACCUUGCGUGUCAUUCUGCUUCUUGUGAGUGCUGGUUAUCUUAAACCGUCCAAUGGGAACACUGCUUAGCUCUCAGGGGUAAUGUGAAAAAACUGAACUGACAUAUGAAAGGAGCCCAGACCAGGGGCUGGUAUGCAGCAAGUGUUCAAUAAAUGUUAAGUUAGCUUAUGUGCCCGGGAAAAAAAGGCCGUGGUGCAGUUAGUGGACGUGGUAACUGCAGUAACUGGAACUUACAUCAGGGUGGCACAGAUGCAUGCUCAAACAGAGAAAUCAGGAACAAUCUUGACUGACCUUUUAUUUUAUUUUAUUUUAUUUUUGAGACAGGGUCUCAUUUUGUCACCCUGGAUAGAGUGCUGUGGCAUCAUGGCUCAAAGCAACCUCAAACUCCUGGACUCAAGCAACCUUCUUGCCUCAGCCUCCUGAGGCUCCCACCACUAUACCCGGCCAGUUUUUCUAUUUUUAGUAGAGACGGGGGUCUCACUCUUGCUCAGGCUGGUCUGGAACUCAAAACAAUCCACUUGCCCCUUACAGGCAUGAGUGACUACCCAGCCUUGACUGACCUUUUAAAAAUGUGCAUGAUAAAACCACCAUAAAGUUAAAAGAUCAUUGACAAAAUGGGAGAAAAUAUUCCCAACAUAUAUCAUAAACAAAAGCCUUAUGUCUUUAAAUACUUAAAGAAUUCUUACAAAUGAAGGACAAAGGAUCAAAAAUCCAAUAGAAAAAUGAAAAGUCAGGCAUAGUGGUGCAUGGCUAUAGUUCCAGCUACUUGGGAGGCUGAGGCAAGAGGAUUGCUUGAGCUCAGGAGUUUGAGGCUGCAGUGAGCUAUGAUUCUGCCAUUCUCAACAGAGUGAGACCCUGUCUCUUUAAAAAAAAAAAAAAAGGUCAAAUCAUCUGUCAGGGAAGAGACUGAGGAACUUUACAGUAGACUGAAGAACAAAGGAAAAUUAAAUGCAAUGUGGGAUCCUGGAUAGGCUCCUGGAAUAGAGAAAGGAUAUUACUAGAAAACUGGUGAAAUUUAAAUAAGGUUUGUAGUAUAGUUAAUAAUAUUGUCUGAGUAUUAAUUUCCUGUUCUUGAUGUUAAUAAUUAUAUUUGAUUAUAUAAGAUGUUAACUUCAAGGGAUGAAAGGUGAGGGAUAUUAAGGGGUGCAUUGUACUAUUGCAACUUUUCUCUAAGUUUAAAAUUAGUUAAAAUCACUCUUCAUGAGAAAUAAAAGCAGAACACAACACUAAAAAUUUUACAAUCCCCAAUUUUUAAUGUAUGUAUAUGUAGAACAAAUGGCAAAGAAAUUGCACCAAUGCAGUAACAUUGGGUAUCUCUGGAUGGUGGAGAUUGUGAUUUUUUUUUUUUUGCUUUUGUUUUCAUACUUUUCUGUACUUUCUGAAUUUUCUACUUAUUUGAUCCCUGGAAGCCGUGGUGAAGGAGAUGAUGGCAAGAUGAAGUUUCUCUCUCAUGGAGCUUAUAUUCUAGUGGAGUAGGGGGGAUGGAAAGUGAAUAAAUAAAUUUAGAAAAUCUUGUGCAGAAAAUUAAGCUGAUGUGACAGUGAGAUGAUUGGUUAGGGAGAGCCUCUCUGAGAAAGUGACAUUUAAGGUGACAUGGGAAUAACAAGAAACAGAAGAUGUGAGGAGUAGGGUCAGUGGGGUAGGGGAAGGGCCAGGCUUGGCAUGUUUAAGAACCUUGCAGAAGCCAAGGUGGCUUUGACUGUGAGGGAAGGGACCUGGGAUGAGGUUAGAGGGGAAGGGAGAGGUCAAGGGAUGCCUUGGGCACCACCGGAGAGAAAUGAACUGAUGAGAGUCAUGUUCAAAUUUAGGUUAUAAAGUCCUCUGGCAGCCUCCUCCUUGAGGCUUCUCAAAAAAAAUGUCAUUGGUGGCCUGUAAUCCAAGCACUCUAGGAGGCUGAGGUGUGUGGAUCGCCUGAACUCACAAGUUCAAGACCAGUCUGAGCAAGAAAGAGAUCUCAUCUCUAAAAAAAAAAAGCUGGGUAUUGUGAAAGGUGCCUGUAGUCCCAGCUAUUUGGGAGGCUGAGACAAGAGGCUCACUUGAGGUCAAGAGUUUGAGGUUGCUGUGAGCUAUGAUGCCAGGGCACUCUACCUUGGACAAGAAAGUGAAACUCUUGUCUCAAAAAAAAAAAAAGAAGAAAGAAAGAAAGAAAAAGAAAAUGUCCUUAGGGAACCAAUGUGUCCAGCACAGGACAAAGUCACUGUAGCACGUCAGGAACUCCUCCUUGUCCAAGCAUGUGCUGGCACAAGGUCUGAGUGGACCAGGAGACCAUUGAGGAUUGUUAAGACCUCGGACAGGCUUACAGCCAUAGGCAGAAGUCUCUGAUUGUCAGCACCCUCAGCCACAACCCUCUCAGACCCUGUCCCUUUCAAGGGGCCGUGCUGUGGCCCCUUCAGACAGUUGGGAGCUUUCACCAAGCUUCUGUCUGAGCUGUGCCUGCCAUGGAGCCUGGCAAGUUUCUCUCUGCCAGGCCCGAGCUCCUGCUUGCCUGUGGUUCCAAGAACAGC